GGCAGUUGAACAUUUCAAGGACGAGACACAAUUUCUCAGUACACCAUGCUAACGGCCUCGCCGUCGUCUCAGGUGAAGCCGCAACAAUGGGGUACAUGCGGGGUCAGCGUGGCAUCGACGCCGGCGCUUCUUCCGCCACCGGCCGCCGGACGGCUUGUCGCCGUCGAUACCAGGAGGAGGACGAGGACGGUUGCCUCCGCCGCGCUUGGUCCUGUGGCCACCGAGCCCGCAGAAAGGUCUCCCGUGCCACAGCCCCCGCCACUGUCCAGCGACGAGGAGACGGUGCUCCGGCUCGGCAACUACGUCCCGGUCUUCGUCAUGCUCCCACUUGAAGUGGUGACCACCGAGAACGACCUGGAGGACGCGGGGAAGCUGCGGGAGCAGCUGCGGCGGCUGCGGGGGGCCGGCGUCGACGGCGUGAUGGUGGACGUGUGGUGGGGCGCCGUGGAGGGCGCCGGGCCGGCGCUGUACGAGUGGCGCGCGUACCGGGACCUGUUCCGGGUCGUGCAGGGCGAGGGGCUCAAGCUGCAGGCCAUCAUGUCGUUCCACGCGUGCGGCGGCAACGUCGGCGACGACGCCGUCAGCAUCCCGCUCCCGCGGUGGGUGCGGGAGGUCGGCGAGGCCGACCCCGACGUGUUCUACACGAGCUCCAGCGGGGCGCGGAACCAGGAGUGCCUCUCCAUUGGCGUCGACGACGAGCCGCUGUUCCAUGGCAGGACUGCCAUCCAGUUGUAUGCCGAUUUCAUGAAGAGCUUCAGGGAGAACAUGGCGGACUUCCUGGACUCCGGCCUGAUCGUGGACAUCGAAGUCGGGCUUGGCCCUGCGGGGGAGCUGAGGUACCCGUCGUAUCCGGAGACGCAGGGGUGGGUGUUCCCCGGCAUCGGACAGUUCCAGUGUUACGACAAGUACCUGGAGGCGGAUUUCAAGGCGGCGGCGGCGGAGGCCGGGCACCCAGACUGGGAGCUACCAGACGACGCCGGGGAGAUCAACGACACGCCGGAGGACACUGGGUUCUUCGCGGCGGAGCGAGGGACCUACCUCACCGAGCAGGGGAGGUUCUUCCUGACAUGGUACUCCCGCAAGCUGAUCCAGCACGGAGACAGGGUCUUGGACGAAGCCAACAAGGCCUUCCUGGGGUGCAAGGUCAAGCUCGCCGCAAAAGUGUCCGGGAUACACUGGUGGUACAGGCACCCGAGCCACGCCGCGGAGCUGACCUCGGGGUACUACAACCUCGGCGGCCGGGACGGGUACGCGCCGAUCGCGCGCAUGCUGGCGCGGCACGACGGCGCCGUCCUCAACUUCACCUGCGCGGAGAUGCGGAACUCGGAGCAGGCCGAGGAGGCCCUGAGCGCCCCGGAGCAGCUCGUCCAGCAGGUGCUGAGCGCCGGGUGGAGGGAGGGGGUCGAGGUGGCGUGCGAGAACGCGCUGAGCCGGUACGACCGCCGCGGGUACAACCAGAUGCUGCUCAACGCGCGGCCCAACGGCGUGGGUCUCUCCGGCGCCGGCGCCGGCGCCGCGCGGCGCAGGGUCGCGGCGGUGACGUUCCUCCGGCUCUCGGACGAGCUCCUGGCGAGCAACAACUUCCGGAUCUUCCGGACCUUCGUCCGGAAAAUGCACGCCGACCUGGAUUACUGCCCUGAUGCGGACCGGUACGGUCGGCCCCUCAAGCCCCUAGAGCGGUCCGCGCCAGAGAUGCCCAUGGAGCGGCUGCUGGAAGCCACCGCGCCGGCGCCGGCGUUCCCGUUUGAUCCGGAGACCGACAUGAGCGUCGGCGGCGGGCUCGCAGAGGCUGUCGACUGGGUGCUCGACAAGAUCGCGUGGCUAUUUGGAUAGGAUCAGAAUCAGAUCACACUCAGGCGAUCAGCAUUUCCGUUGGACACGAACCAUUGAUCCGCAACAGGAAUGGCAUGGCCAGUGAUACAUGCAGUUGCGCUAGCAGCACCAUGUCAUGACACCGACAUUGUACCUGUACACGCUUCUGCUUCGUCCUCCUUUUAGCGGAAGGCUAUUUAUGAUAUACUGAUGAAAUUUACAGCAUCUUGGGUAAGAUGUUUUAGAUGUUGUUUGAAUUUUCACGUAUUCAUGUUAAUGUACGUGUAUUAGGGGUGGUUUCGUGUAGAGUUUAGUUUAAAUUUCACGUAAAUUUGGCUACCAUAUAGAUUGAGGUGGAUACAUGUCCUGAGCCAGGCUUACCGAAGAAAUCGAUGGUCUGUCCUACGAAUUUUUUUCCCAGAAGCUUUAUGUAAAAGGAAUUAGUUAAAUAUAUUUAAGAGUUGUGUCGUC